AAAGUGUCGUGGAAAAAAAACAUUUUUCACAGCAACCGAUGCGAGUGCCGUAAAGCGUUUCUCUUCAACACAUGGUUUGGUUGGAAACCAUGGAGUCCAAACCAAGAAAGAAAUCAUUCAACCUUAAAGAUGGAAAGAAAGCUGGAUUUAAAGGGAAAGGCACAGCUGAGAGAAAGCCGGCUGCUAAACGUUCUUUUAAACCUCACAACUCGGACAAAAAGAAACCUUUUACAAAACCAGGAGGGAAAGGAGGACCAAAGAAAUUCUUUAAACCAAAACCAACAGAAGGAAAAAUAACAAACAAGAGAAAAUUUUCAGGGGAUCAGAAAAACUCAGACGAAGGCUCAGAAGCAAAGAAACCCAAGUGGAAUGAUUUUAAACAAAAGAAGAAAGAGUUAAAACAGAACCGACAACAGAACGAAAGGAAAGAGACCUACCACAUAGUGAACAGAGCCAAACAAGUGUGGGAGAUAGUCAGAAGGAAAGAUUGUGAUGCAGACAAGAGAGCAAAGUUAAUGAAAGAACUGCAGGAGCUUGUGCGGGGCAAGAUAAAGACGAUUGCGUUUGCCCAUGACUCGACUCGAGUACUUCAGUGUUUCAUACAGUUUGGGAACGACAGACAACGACAAGAGGUCUUUGAUGAACUCAAAGACCACAUGGUGGAGUUGAGUAAAUCCAAAUACGCAAGGAACAUCGUAAAAAAGUUUUUAAUGUAUGGGACCAAGCAGCAGGUCGCAGAGGUGAUGGUGGCCUUUAAAGGAAAGGUCAGACAGAUGCUCAGGCACUCUGAGGCUUCGUCUGUGGUCGAGUAUGCUUACAACGACAAGGCCAUCCUCUCUCAGAGACUCAUGCUUACAGAGGAGCUUUAUGGCAACGCCUUCCAAAUCUGCAAGUCCUCAGUGUGUCCUACGAUAGAGAAGGUCCUGGAGAGCAAUCCGGAUAAAGUCGAGAGCAUCAUGGAAGAAAUGAAGCAGAUCCUCACGCCUAUGGCUCAAAAAGAAGCUGUCAUUAAACAUUCACUUGUCCACAAAGUGUUCCUCGACUUCUUCCUCCACGCACCAGACAAACAGAGAACAGAAAUGAUCGAGUCUAUAAGGGAAUCGGUGGUGUACAUGGCGCACACGCACGACGGCGCACGGGUAGCUAUGCACUGCUUGUGGCACGGCACAGCCAAGGACAGGAAGGUUAUCGUGAAAACCAUGAAGACGUACAUGGCAAAGUUUGCGACGGGAGAAUACGGACACUUGGUGCUACUCGCAGCCUUCGACUGUAUCGAUGACACCAAAUUGGUCAAACAAGCAAUCCUAUCAGAGCUGUUGAGUUCCCUAGAAGAGGUCAUCAGUAAUAAACAUGGCAGGAAAGUGCUGCUGUAUUUGCUUAGCCCUCGAGAUCCGGCUCACCUGUUACCUGAAAUUGUGCAGCUGCUGGAGAAGGGAGAUGGCAAUGCACACAGUAAAAAGGAUGUUGCUGUACGGAGGCAAGAACUCCUGGAGGCUGUGUCUCCUCCUCUGCUACAGUACCUGUGUGAGAACACUCGCUCCAUGGUGAUGGAUAAAGCCUGCAGCGUAGCGGUCAGCGACAUCCUGGGAGCCGCCGUCGGUGACCUCCGACCUGCCAUGGAAGCCGUAGCACGACUGGCAGCUGAAGACUUUGUGGCUGGCGGCGUGGAAGGACAGCUGCACAUGGCUGAACACCCUGCUGGUCAUCUUGUAAUGAAAUGGCUGAUUGAGCAGGACUCUAAGAUGAAGGCAUCCGGGCGAGAGGAGCGUUUCUCCCGGAUCCUUCUGGAAACGGUGGGGAUAGAAAAGCUGAAAACGUGGGCUUCAGUCAACCGUGGAGCCAUUGUGCUGUGCUGUCUCCUCCAGAGUGCAGAUGAAGGUGUUACACAGGAAGUAAAGGCUGCUUUAAAGUCCAUUAUUAAUGUCCUAAAGAAAAUCAAGAACUCAAAAGGAGUGGAGGCUCUGCUGGAGAAACUGGCCUAGUAAAAUCUUGGAACUGAUGCACAAUGCCUUUAAUAAACUGCAUCUUGCUGGUGCGAGAAAGCCCCUGUCCUCUCCUCAGUAGGUCUUGGCUUUAUUAGGCCCACUUCGUAACUACGCAAGAGUAAAGAGGACCUCAAUUGUGUCUUGGAACAGAUUCUGUGAUUUUUUUUUUUUUUUUUAAUGUUCAUUCACCCCAGUGUUUAUAUGUAUUUAAAAAAAUUAAGUACACAAUCCCACACACAGAUUAUUGCAUUGGUCAAUAUGCCAAAUGCAUGUAACUGUUCUUUAAUAUUGUUUCAAUAUAAUAAAUCUAUUUCACAGAA